GGAAAAAAUCACUAAACAUUGGAAUAAAAACUUAAAAUCAAAUGUUACCGAGAUGGGCUUGUGUUGAAGGCCGAGUUGAAUUGUUCGAUGUGUAACAGCAGACCCGUAAAGGUAGAGAAGAGAGAGGCUUUUGGUUUUUGAGUGUCUCAUCAUCAUCAGACAGUAAUAAACCUGACGAAAAUACCGAUAGUAAUCAGCGAUAUUCCCGGAUUUAGGGUUCCGAUCGUCUUCUCGAAAUGACCGAUGUGAUUCUUCCUCCGGCCGAUUCCGUCACGGAGAAUACCACCUCUUCUUCACCGCCUCCCCCACCGCCUCAGCAGGAACAGGAACCUGAACAGAAGGAGGAGCAGCCUCCCCACCACCGCGAGAGAGAUUCCCGCGAGCGGCGUGACGACAGAGACCUCGAACGUCCGCCUAAUCGCCGUGACCGUUCGCCUCUCCCACCGCCCCGCAGGGAUUACAAGAGGCGGCCUAGUGGUAGCCCUCCGCCGCCAUACAGAGAUAGGCGGCACUCUCCUCCCAUGCGCCGCUCGCCUCCUCACAAGCGAUACAGGAGGGACGAUAAUGGCUAUGAUGGUCGCCGUGGCAGUCCUCGUGGCGGCUAUGGCCCACCGGAUAGAAGAUGUGUUUUAAGGUUGAGAGAAUCUGUAUUCCCACUUUUGCAUCUAAUUUCACACUGGGAGGGAGGACGUGGAGGCUAUGGUGAUGCUUUCAACAGUGGAAGUACUCAGAGGGACGGAUUGAUGUCGUACAAACAGUUUAUCCAGGAGUUGGAAGAUGAUAUAUUGCCAGCAGAAGCUGAACGCAGAUAUCAAGAAUAUAAGUCAGAGUAUAUCACAACACAAAAACGUGUCUUUUUCAACACCCACAAAGAUGAAGAAUGGUUGAAAGACAAGUACCAUCCUACAAAUUUACUUACUGUCAUAGAAAGGAGGAAUGAACUUGCACGGAAGGUAGCAAAGGAUUUCUUACUUGAUUUACAGAGCGGAAAUCUAGAUUUAAGUCCUGCAGUGACAGCAUUGAAUAAGUCCGACCAGGCCAGUGAGCCAAAUUCCGAGGAUGAAGCAGCUGGUAACGGCAAAAGAAGGAGACCUGGUAGGGGUGGAGCUAAAGAGACUGACCUUCUUUCAGCCGCACCGAAAGCACCCAGUUUCACUUCUGAUCCAAAGAGAAUCCUAACCGACAUUGAUCAUGCACAAGCGCUGGUGCGUAAGCUGGACACUGAGAAAGGAAUUGUGGAAAACGUUUUAUCAGGUUCGGAAACUGACAAGUCAGGUAGAGAUAAGCUACACAGUGGUUCGACUGGUCCAGUUAUAAUCAUAAGAGGCUUGACAUCUGUGAAAGGCCUUGAGGGUAUUGAAUUGCUUGACACGCUUAUUACUUAUCUCUGGCGUGUCCAUGGUGUGGACUAUUACGGAAAGGUUGAAACAAAUGAAGCUAAGGGUCUGCGGCAUGUGAGAGCUGAAGGAAAAGGAUCUGAUGCAAAAGGAGACGAGAGCGAAAAGAAAUUUGACUCUCAUUGGCAAGAGAGGUUGAAAGGUCAAGAUCCCUUGGAAGUGAUGGCUGCCAAAGAGAAGAUAGAUGCGGCUGCUAGUGAAGCUUUGGAUCCACAUGUCCGAAAGAUUAGGGAUGAGAAGUAUGGUUGGAAAUAUGGUUGUGGAGCUAAAGGCUGCACGAAACUGUUUCAUGCUGCUGAAUUUGUGCACAAGCAUCUUAAACUGAAACACACUGAGCUUAUCGUGGAUUUGACUACCAAAGUGCGGGAAGAAGUGUAUUUUCAGAAUUAUAUGAAUGACCCUAAUGCUCCAGUAGGACAACCAGCCACGCAGCAAUCUGGCCCGAGAGAUAGACCUAUGAUGAGACGCAAACAAGGCAUGGAGAACAGGCUGAGGGAUGAUCGAGGUGGACGCAGAGAGCGUGACGGACGUGUUAAUGGAAAUGAUAGAAUUGAUCGGUCAGAGGAUCAACAGAGAGGUGAUGGUAAUGGCCCUGAUGGUGCAAACCCCAACGAUGCAUUUGGUGGACAAGGCGGUGUUCAUAUUCCUUCCUUCUCAUCGGAUGUGAACCCACCGCCAGUGUUGAUGCCUGUUCCCGGUGCCGGGCCAUUGGGACCAUUCGUACCAGCACCAGCUGAGUUUGCGAUGCAGAUGUUCAGAGACCCGAGUGGACCCAACCCUUCUUUUGAAGGUAGCGGCAGAGGCGGACAAGCCCCUUUUCUUUUGUCUCCUGCCUUUAGACAGGAUCCUAGACGGCUACGCAGCUACCAAGACCUUGAUGCUCCAGAGGAAGAGGUGACUGUUAUUGAUUACAGGAGCUUGUAGAAAAAGAGAGAAAGCUUAGAGAGAGAUGGAUCAGUGUUACCCAUUGGGGUCGAGUCAAAGGAAUCAGUGUUAGAAAGGUGAAGCCAACAGAUUUUGCAAAUUACAUGCCCUUUGAUGUUUUGUAUUCUUUCUUGUUCCUACUAAUUUUCACUCAGUCCAUAUAUACUUCCUUUGUCUAGUACUUAUUUUCUUUUCAUGUGCUUACUAAUCUGUUUUGGACGAUUACAUAAACGUGCAAGAGAAUUUUUGUAUUCAACAUUGUUUCUAUGUGCUUUCCUCAAAACUGGUUCAUUUUGGGAAAGAUAACUAAUGAGAAUUUCCCCAAUAGUUAGUUAUUCAUAACCAUCAAA